AUGGGAGCAUACUUGGCGAAGCCAAAAACAGAGAAGAUAUCUGAUGGUAGCGAAAACGGAAGGCUGCGUUAUGGAGUUUCAUGCAUGCAGGGUUGGCGAGUCACGAUGGAGGUAAAAAUUAUCACAAAGCUGAUAUUACAAUGUAAGACUUCACUCAAGUAAAACAAAUUGUGUUUGUUUCGCUAUUUAACCCAUCCACUCCAGCGUUCCAAAGGAAGAACAUGCACAUGUUAUUUGGCAAAGGGCUGGAACGUUAACUUUGUAUUAAAAAGAUAACAGUUGAGCUUGAUUGCGAUCAUUUGAUCGUACACAUAAGCUUGAAGUUUUUAUACGAAAUGGGCUUUAACGGGCAGGUAGAUGGCUGUCAGCAUGGUGUUGAUUUUGAGAAGGUACAUACACGAUAUUUUGUAGCGAAGAAAAUAUGCAGACUCUAAGCUGUUUUAUAGUGAUAAAAAAGCAACUAUUACUUCUAAGGUUCUAAUAAUCGUCUUUUGAAUAAUCGAUUUGAUUUUUUCAAUUUUUAGGAUGCUCAUACUUGUGAGCUGGAUUUUGACGACAGUUCUACUCUUUUUGCGGUUUAUGAUGGUCAUGGAGGUAGAUUUCUUAAAAAACUGCUAAAUGAUAUUUUCAUUAACUAUCUAGUGUCUGCAAACACCUCAUCACGCUUUAUGAAUGUACGGCAACUGCAGUUCAUGUCUGUGAAAUCAAUGUAAUCAAAUACGUGCAAGCUACAGAAUACAGGGCCUCCUUUGAGAAUUUAUCAUUUCAAGUGUCCUGACAGCUCACCAUUAACACUUGAUUAAUUAAGUUGCACGGUGGCUCGUCAGUCAUGACUGGCUAGCUGUUGUGCUUGCAUUAGAAUAUUAUAUACCUUUCUCAUGAGUCCCUGUCCAUAACCAAUGAGUCCCAGUUUUAAAAAACGCUGUGGCUAUAUGGCCGGUAACCAGUCAAGGUUUUCGAAACACUAAAUGGCCGGCAGUCCUAUAUUCUCAGUAAAUUUCACAAAAUGGAGAGAUUCUAGCGAAUCUAAACUAUCAUAUGUCGAUUAAGACAUGUACAUGUCAAGCGAUCCUGAAAUGCUUUAUAGAUCUCAAGUCUAGUGUUUGGUUUACGCUGGGCUCAGAAGAUGAAACCGUGUUUUGUGACACUUAGAACUUUUUUCAGCUCGACUGCUAGUCAAGGUUUUCAAAACACUAAAUGGCUGGCAGUCCUAUAUUCUCAGUAAAUUUCACAAAAUGGAAAGAUUUUAGCUAACCUAAACUAUCAUAUGUCGAUUAAGGCAAGUCAAGCGAUCCUGAAAUUCUUUAAUAGAUUUCAAGUCUAGUGUUCAGUUUACUCUGGGCUCAGAAGACGAAACCGUGUUUUGUGACACUUAGAACUUCUUUCAGCUCAACUGCCGGUCAAGGUUUUCAAAACAUUAAAUGGCCAGCAGUCCCAUAUUCUAAGUAAAUUUCAUAAAUUAAAAAAAUUCAGCUGUUCUGAACUAUCAUAAGUGGUGAUCCUGAUCAAACCAGCCAGUUUUGUGGGAUUUCUAAAUCAUGUUUUUGUUGGUCUCGAGUCUUUGGAUGUCCGUUACUAUUUUCUGUCCAAAGCAUGGCGUGACAGUCAACGUUUGACGUCAUAACUUCUUGACCUUUCGUACGGCCUCCGCGGAAAACCAGCAGAAAAAGUCUUCACUCAGGGGCGGAUCUAGGGGGAGGGUGCAGGGGUGCACACCCCCCUGAGAUGACCUGCGGUUUUCUAAUACAACUGGUAUUCUGCAGAAAAAAAACUAUGUGGUUUAUCGGUGUUGAAGUAGAGCAAGAGAUGAGUGCACCCCCUCCUAAAAAAAGUUCUGGAUCCGCCCCUGCCACUGCUUCUGGAAAACACUAGACUUGAGAUCUAUAAAGCAUUUCAGGAUCACUUGACUUGUCUUAAUGGACAUAUGAUAGCUCAGAUUAGCUUGAAUCUUUCCAUUUUGUGAAAUUUACGAGCUGAAAAAAGUUCUAAGUGUCACAAAACACGGUUUCGUCUUUUGAGCCCAGUGAACCCAGCGUAAACCAAACACUAGACUUGAGAUCUAUAAGGUGUGUCAGGAUCGCUUGACUUGUUUUAAUCCACAUAUGAUAGUUUAGAUUAGCUAGAAUCUUUCAAUUUUGUGAAAUUUACCGAGAAUAUGGGACUGCCGGUCACCGGCCAUAUAGCCACAGCGUUUAAAAACCAACAAGUCCUAAACUGAAAAUGCUUGGUUCUUUAUGUAACCAGACAGUUAAUCUAAAGACAGACUUCAGAACUCUUUAUACAGUUUACUGAAAUACAGAAUAUACUCCAUCUAUUCAAUUGUAAAGCAAAACAAAGACUAAAAGAAAAUAAUAUGGACCCUUAAACAACAGCCACAGAAAUCACACGAACAGGCUGGCAAAAACAUCUUCAGAUCAAUCUAUCUAUCUUUACAUCCUACGGGAUGCAUGCCAUGAAUUAUUUUGUGUCGGCGAUUUUUGUGUCAGGGACGCAGGACGCAGAGGUAACAAAAUCACUGGCUUCUUGUCCAACAAAUUUACCUCCCAAUCAUUAUAUCAAAUGUUACAAACAGCAAAAAUGAACUUUUAAAAACUGUUAGUGUAACUGUUACAGUUCUCUUCAAAUUUGACCAUCUUUGCCUCCUGUUAUAAUUUUUAUUUGCUGGGUCAUUUAUUUUACACCAUCUUUUUAUGUAUUGAGUGGUUAUGGUUAUCUCAUAAAUUUCGUGACACAUCUCCUUUAAAGCAGCUGUUUUAUAAUUUCAUGAUAUCUCAGGUUCAGAAGUAGCCCAGUAUGUAGCAAAGAAACUGCCAGAAGUGCUAAAGAACACAGAAAAUUAUCAGAAAGGAGAUAUUAAACAGUCAAUGGUGGAUUGUUUCUUGGAAAUUGACCAGCUCAUUAUCAGUGAAAAGGUCAGCUGUUAAUAUUGUAAGGAAGUUAACUCUCAACCUGUGCAAGAUAAAGAAAUUCUGUUAAACCUCCAGCUCACUUGGGAGAGUGGAAGAUGAAUUCUGAGGACAGUAAUUGUCAUUUUCAUCUUACCUUAAACUGCCACUUUUUAAGCCCUGGGCUUAUAAAUCUUUGUAAGGGGGUUUUAGGAGGGCAUAUAAAUGGAGGGGCUUACACUGUAUACCCGAGAGGGUUCAUAACUGGAAUAGAGAAAGUGCUUUGAAACAAGCUGUAGCAGUGAUGAUUAAAAUACGUUUUGCACUUACUGGUUUUUAAUAGGCUUCAAAACAUCAUAAUAAUUCAAAUUGACGUUGAUACAUGUGGAGGGGGGUCUAUAUUUGGAUGCAUUUUUUUGAUUACAGGUAGACGGGUCUAUAACUUGGGAGGCUUAUAGGUGGGGAGUUUUUAAGCGGCUGUUUUCAGUAGUUGGAGCCAGGAUUAAAUAUAUUUUUUAAUUAUGCAGUUUGUAUAAGUGUCUAAUAAUGGAGUGUCCAUUUUUUCAGGGUCUUGCAGAGUUGAAGGAGUUGGCAGGACUUGAUAAGGAUCUGGAUGAGGAAGAAGACCUUGAGAUGUUAGAACAAGAAGCAAUGAUGCCACUGAAUGAGCUGCUGGCAAAGAUGAAAGAGGUUAGUGAGUAGCGCUGAGGAAAAAAGAAAAAAGCAUGACAGGUUUUUAGUGAAUGAAUAAAGGAUUUGGUUUCUAUAGAAACCGUGGUGUAGUAUCAAUGGAGGAGUGAACCACAAAAAUUUGGUUUUAUUAGAUGAGUUGAGGGUAGCUAUUCUGACCAAGGGUUAGUGCUCAGUUUUCUGAUCCUAUCCUGUGUUAUCUUUGUGCUGUUUUAGGACCUUAAUUCAUCUUUUUUUAAGUUCUGAGUCUAAAAGUUUGCAUGCAAUAUUGCUUGCAAUGAAUGCAACACUCCAUCCAUUUAGGUAAUCAAGCCACCUCAAGAGCAAGUCAUUUUGAGUUCGUAAUGUCACAGGUAGCCCAAGCUCACUAUCCUACUAAGCUAAGCUACUCUUAUUCAUACAGCAACAAUUUCUAAGACGUAGUAUGAGAAUUACCCUAUUUCUCCUUAAUUGAGUGAAACGUGCAUAAAGUUUUUGCUUUUAAGCUUGCAUUAAGUAUUUUUUAAGUGUUUAUCUGUGUGUUGACUGCGUUUCAGACCUCUUGGGAUGUCAAGAACCCGAGAACAACACUACCCUUCUAAGCUGAUUAAUUUUUCAUACAGCAAGAAAAUUAUAAGGCGUUGUAUGAGAAAUAUUCUUUGCUCACUAAAUUAGCAAAAUGUGCAUUGAAUAUCGCUUUGAAGCUUACCUUUAGCCAGGGUUGUCAUUAAGAGCCGGGGGCCGGGGAUUUUCCCCGGCUACUAAGAGAGUGGCCCCCGGCUUUUUGUUUUUAGAACCAAAAGAAAUUAGUGUUCUUGAAAUCUUAGUGACAACCCUGCUUUAGCGUUUUCUUGUUUUUCUUAGUGUUCUGACUGCAUUUCAGACCCCGGGGGGAGGACUCCCAUAUGAAACAGACGGGGAUGCUCGUCGGAAAUUUUGAAUUUAACCCCUAAAGGAGACCAUCUGGGCGUAGCUCAAGCUUUUUGUGACCCCUAAAGGAGACCAAAGACAUAAAGACAUAAUCAUCCAAUGCUUUUAUCUAAAAGUAGUUUUUAAAAGCAUUGUCAUAAAUCUCAAGUUCUUCGCAGAACCCUAAACGAGACCUUGGCAGCUUAAAAUAUUGGCACUUUGCCCGGAACACCCUAAGCGAGACCAAAAUCCAAAAUUUACACCCCUAAGCGAGACUACGAACAUCCCCGUCUGUUUCAUAUGGGAGUCCGCCUCCCCGGGUUUCAGACCUCCUAGGCACUGUUUGAUGCCUUUUUUAAACAACAGUUUUUUACCCAGAUGACAGUAGAGAGAAAAGAAGAAAAGGUUGGCAAACCUCUAUUGACCGGGUCCGCUCUCAGUAGCGAUAAAUUCCGCCAGAAACAGAUGUUCUGAUAAAUAAUGCACAUUUUCCAUCAUUCACAUUGCCAAAAUUCGCUCAAUUUUAGAGUAAUAGGAUAAUUCUCAUACAACGUCUUAUAAGUUGUUGAUGUAUGAAUAAUAUUAAUUAGCUUAGUAGGACAGUGAGCUUGGGCCACCUGUGGUAAUAUACCCGAUGGUGGAAACAACAUGAAGUGUUUUCAUCGUUAAUUCCAUAAACAGUCCGAAGAUCCUUGUUACUUUCAGUUUUCAACCCUCUCAUGUGGUGCCAGUUUCUAGUUUUUACUGAAAUUUCUUUGUGUACAUGUGCUUGAUGGUUAGUGCCUUGGAUUCCAGAUUGGGAGGUCUGAGUUUGUCUUUGUGUUGUGUUUUUGGGCAAGACACUUUAUUUUCACAAGGCCUCACUUCAGCCAGGCCCCAGUUGUUCAAACAUUGGAUAGCGCUAUCCAUAGGAUAAAUCAAUAUCCAGGGCUUGAUAUGAGUCUCGUCCAGUAGUCUGGGACAAGAAGAUUUUCUCGCUGGGCAAGUAACGUUGGAAACUUACUUUCUCAAUAAGGGUCCAGGCAAGAUAUCCUCCCACCAAAUCAUUAACUAAGACAAGCAAGUAGUUGCCCGGGCAGGCAAAAUGUAAGAGCUGCUUGCCCAAAGGACAAGCUAGAAUUUAAGUUUUUUUCUGCCCUGCUAUUUAAUGGAUAAGUAUUAGGGAAGCAAAUUGCUUUAUCCAGUGGAUAGCAUUAUCCAUUCUUUGAACAACGUGGGCCAGGUGUAUAAAUGGGUACAAUGGGCUGGAAUCACAUCUAGGGGAAAGUAGACAUAUUCUUAGUUACAUCGUGCUACAGAAACUGAGAUAUAAGCUUCAGCCUGGUGAACAACUGAGUUUGAUUACGUCAGCAUUACCCUUUACCUCAACUGUAAGUAUUAUAGUAAACACAGCAAACAAAGAGCUCAGAUCAUGCAUGAAGUGGUUGCUUACAAGAGGUUAAAAACAAUGGAAAGUUAUAAAACUGUCUCCUCAAAAAGUGGGCUCAGUGACUUGUGAGGGGCACUCUUUUAUGAGAGGUUCCAACUAUUAGCCUUUACUGGGAAAAUGUUUUACAAACUAAGGGACUCUCAGUCAUAUAUGGGAGGAUGGUUCUUGUGAGAGGUGGUCGCACAUGGAGGUUUAACUUUGUUUUUCUUUACUCUAUUAUAAUAUGAAGGUUGUUGUUGUUUUUUUCCAAUGUCUGUUUUUCUGAUGUGGCAGAUGAAAAAGGCAAAAGAUGGUGACAAUGACGGAGAACUUUUAGAACAGUGGACAGAGGAUGGGAAUCAAAGUACAGCUGAUGAUAAAGAAAACAAUCAUUGUGACACCAAUAAAGAGAAUGAAAUUGGUAUGUACACUGUAUGGCAAGAGAACCUCCAGUAAACUGCUAGUAAACCAGUAGCUUUUGUUAUCAGUGGACUAAUGGUAAUGACGAUACACCUGUAUAUUGACAGUAUGGUGUGUCAUUGAUAAAAUAGGAUUUGUCUGGCAUGGACUUUCCUUCAAAUUUGGGUGAUCAACAUCUAAUUUCAAGAGAAAAAAAUCCCAGCGGCAUUGAUGGUAAAUUAGUUUACUAUCAGCUCUCUUUAGUUCCUGGUAGUAUCAGUUGUUGGGAAGCUAUUUGCCUCUUAAGGGUGAUUUUGUUAACUCUGCGUCCUACGUCCCCGAUGCAUAAAAGUUCAAGGCGGUGAAAUUUGCUCAUCUGACCCUGACAUAGUCAUGCUUAGGGGCCAUUUGUAUUUGCUCUGUGUCUAUUUACAUUGAGUAUUUCAGCCGUUUAUUGAGUGAUGCAGCACAUAAAAUAUAAUAAAUAUUAUUUAAUAAUUAAAUGAUAUUGGCUAGGUGUAAUUUUGAGCAAUGUUAGUGCCAAAUCAAUGUUGCCUGUGGUUUCACUCAUUUUUGCAUGUGACCUGCAGUGCACCCCUGGAGUUUGCAAGAUAGUUUUUGUGCAUCUUGUUUUGUGCUCAAGUUGCUUUACAUUCCAGCGAUUAUUGUGGAUCAAUGCUCUUGUGGCAGACUGUCAAACUAUGUGAAACUGGUUUACAAGUUGUCAGUCCAUAACCAAGUUUUGAAAUCUCCAGAUAUCUUGCAAAUCAUUGGCUGAACUGGGGAAAAUUCAGGAAAUGCUAACAUUUGGACACUAUUCACAAAGUUUAACUUGUUUUCAUCAUUUUCUUUAGGCUCUAAGAAUGAUAAAAAGGAUGAAGCCAUUAUAGAAAAUGGUGACACGAUAAAAGCUGGUACGUGUAGCUCAGAUUCAGUUGAGAACUCCACCAAUGGAAGUUUGAAAAAUGGAAAGGAGGAAAAGGAGAAAGAUACAGAAGAAAGUGAAAAUGAUCACAAAAUGCAGCAAAAAGAAGUCAAGGAAACCAGUGAAGGUGAGCAGGCAACAAAUGAAAGCGAAAAAAAUGAAGAAAAGAUUCCUAAUGAUGAAGCUAUUGAUGAUGAAGAGGAAGAAGGUGAUGAAGAUGACGAGGAGGAUGAUGAUGAGGAUGAUGAUGAUGAUGAUGAUGAUGACGAUGACGAGGAUGGAGCACCAUUUCAAAGUUCAGAUGAAGUGAGUAUUGUUGCGCUAACAAAAAAGUUGUCAUAACCUUGAAUUUCAAGUGUAGUGGGGUCAGGGGCAAUAUUUUACUUGUAUCGAGGCAUUAAGAUACCAAAUUUAUAGGACUUAGUGACGCAUGAUUUUCUUUUAUAUUGGUGUGUACUCAUCUGCAUAUGUACGUAUAAUUUAUGAGAACACAAAUAGUGAAUUCCCUUGGGAACAUCACAAGACCUGUAUUGAGGGCGUGGAAGCAUACAGGGAGUGGCCAGGCCAAACUCUGGGUAUGCCACUUAUGGCUCCUGAUCCAAGCUAAAGUGAUCCACCUCCAAAAUGGUGGCAGAUUUAGUUGUUCUUUUUGUUUUGAUGAUAAUUGGCCCCCAAUGAAUCCUUUCAAAGUGAAAAUUCUUUUGAAUUCUGCAGAUGCAAUCGAGGCAAAGGGGGCUUUUAUCAUAGAAAAUAUAGCUCCAAAAUACUAGGAAAUCGUGAGAAAUAGAACAAAAUCAUUCAAUUUAUUCAGUUUCUUGCUGGAGUAACAAGAGUUAGCGCAUUACAUCUUGUUCAAUAUCAAGGUUACAGUUAGCAUUCUGCCAUCAAAGUUGAGCUUUAAAAAAAUAAAUGGAUCUCUGAACCACCUUGACGUAUCAACGAAUGGACUGGAUAGUCUUCUGUUUAUUAACUGUAGGGAUAUAUUCACCGAAAGCAUAAUAGUUUUGUGGAGUUUGAUACAAUUAUAAGAAUGAACUCCUCUUAUCUAUUAAAUGCUCUCUCUUGGGCUCCUAAAAUUAAAUUAUCUCCCGGGCAUCUAUUGUACCAUUUAUGGUACCUCAACGUUCUCACAUAUUCAAACAAAGCUUUGGAUGAUGUGAGUAUACUUUGUCUAAAAAGUGAUCCGAAAGUGGCUUUCGUUUCUCUAAUUGGAAGCUUUUUUGCAUAAAUCUAAACCUCAUCAGUAUAUUUUUUCUUGAUCUUUGUAGGUUGGCUACGACAGUGGAACUACAGCUAUUGUUGCUGUCUUACGUGAAAAUCAACUAACGGUUGCCAAUGUUGGAGAUUCGCGCUGUGUGCUUUGUCGGAACGGCAUUGCUCUAGAAAUGUCCACGGAUCACAAACCUGAAGAUGAACAUGAGCUGAAUAGAAUCCAUAAAGCUGGUGGAAAGGUUACUUGUGAAGGAAGAGUAAAUGGGGGUUUAAAUUUAUCAAGAGCUCUAGGUAUGUGGCUUGAUUUAUUGCAAGGCUGUCGCGAAGGAGGUUUCACUGGGGUUGGGUAACCAUAGCAACUAAAAGAGAAAUCUCGACCUCUUCUUUUUAACCCUUGCAAGUUGCAACACUCAGCUGCAAAGCCUGGCGUUAUAAACGUCGUUUCAAAAAGUCGUUAAUAAUUCAUAAAGAAGACGAAAAACAAAAUAAUGUUUAAUGAGCGAUAAAGACACGGCUAAACGUUACGUCCAAUUUUUUGGCCAAAAUAACGCCAGUUCUAAAUAUUAGUCCAAGAAUGAGUUGAUCUAUAUCAGAGAUUUUGAAGGCGUUCAAAAAACGAGCAGGAGUGUAUUAUCAGGUUUAAAAAAAACUCGAGGCGAAGUCGAGAGUUUUAAAACCUGGUAAUACACUUCUGCUCGUUUUUUAAACAGUACACAACGCUCCUGUAUAUACUGUACACGUUACAGACAACAGUUUAAGUUACUUGACUUUUAUUCGACUUUUUUCAGGUGACCAUAGCUAUAAACUACAAACAGAGUUAUCUGCGCAUGAGCAGCAAAUCACAGCAGUCCCGGAUGUUAGACAAACACAAAUUACAGAGUAAGUCAAGUCGGAUUUCCAUCGCAUUGUUUUUCUUGAACCUGUCCUUUUUUUGCGACUAACUAGUAGUCAACAUAUGAUUACAAUGCGGACGAAGAGGAAAGCUUUGUCAUCUACAGGCUAAGACAAAAGGUGACUCAGUCUGCAUCUGCCUCAACGAAUGUGCAAAAGACUGCUUUUCAAGGAAAAGAAUUUUCAGCCAUCCCAAGCGUUUUACCCCGACUUUAUUCAAGUCGUUAAGGAAGCCAAGGAUUGCUUUCGGAAACAGACCGGUAGAGUUUUGUCAGCCCUUUGUAAUUCUUGUGUGUGUUUGUCUAAUUUUUUUUCUUUGCGGUGAGAACCGUAAGCUUGUGAAUAGCGAACGUUUUGCCAGUCGAGGGAGCGACUAUGUUUUGGUAUAAUGCAAAAUUAUGAUGUAAUGUUGAAACAGAGUUUAACAUUAAAGGGGUGCUUGCGAGUCCAUGAUGGGUCUUGAGAGUGGCUUUUAAACUGAAUCCUAAAUGUCCAGACCGCAGUCUCUCAUAAACUCUCGUUAUGGUCGUGCUAGUUGUUCCUCCUUUGGCCAUCUUCCGUUUUCUUUUCGAGUUUUUCCACUGAGCAGUCCUGGGUGUAAAAUGACUCAUCUUUAUAAGCUUGUGUUAGGGUAAAUGCCUAGCCGAGGUUGCACGGUUACUAACACCAAACAUUUCUGUUUCAGGGCUGAUGAAUUUAUGGUUAUUGCUUGUGACGGCAUAUGGUAGGUAAAUCGUCUUCAAUAAACUUUCUUUCAGAUCGCAGACGUUUACGCCGAUGUAACGAUUCUGUUGAUUGCUAUCUUCUCGAAUUAUGUAUCAUAAGAAGAUGUAUCUACAAUUUGUAGCUGUCCAGUUAGAACGAAAAUUUUCGUUUGAAUAUUUACAAUUUCCAUUGGAAUCAAUUUCUUAACCGUAAAAGAAAGUUCAAGACACUCGCCGAAUUCAAGCAUUAGGUUUAUUAGUUUUUUAUUUUUAUUGUUCCCCCUCAACUAAGUGCCAUCUACUUUUGAAACAAGUGACCUAACGAUUCAUGAGAGAGAUUGAUUUCUGAAAAGUACCUCCGAUGCAAGUAGCAGUAUAGGACGCCUGUUUCAGUCCUUUCUUGCGUAUUAACCAACUUUUUUCACCCUACAAGCAGUACCUUUCUUUCAUUUGCUCUAUUUUGGUGUACCCGAGAAAGACUGAAUGAAUCGAGUAAGAUCUUUGUGAAGCAUGCACUGCGUGUUGCUAGGAUGCAGUUUCGUAAAACAGUUUCAAACCCAAGCGUAAUAGCCGUGAGCUUGGUACAGUUAGGACUAUCGGUUUAGCAAUAAAUGAAUGCGUGCGCUCACAAAAACCAGUUUGACGAGAGCAAACAAGAUUGACAAGUUCAGAAGGUCAGGCAGAGGCUCUGAUGGCAGGGUGCUUUCUUGUGGAGUGAAUUAGCGUCUAUAUACUCCUUGGGGAUGCAUUGGUUUCUGCGGUGUAGUUGUACGCAAAAUUCUUGGACUUUUUUCAGUACUUUUAAUAUUUUUGCAAUGAACAAUAAGUGGUAUUUUGUCCUGAUUCGUAAACUCUUUUAAACGACAGGAAUGUGAAAGGAAGUCAGGAAGUGGUGGACUUUGUAUCAGAUCGUCUACGAGAACAAAGACAGAAAAAUCAGAUCAACCUUGCUCAGAUUUGUGAAGAGGUAAAUGUGUCAGUUCUCGUCAAAAGGCCUGUCAGACCUUUUGCAACAGUUGACGGUAUUAAGUGUCUCCUUACCCAUUAUACGUCUCAAAGUUUCUAUUGUGAUUAAUGUUUUAUGUUCUUUCUAGCCUUCCUUAUAAUAAAGCGCCCUUUUCUUUUGAAAGAGGUUAAUGAUAGAUAUUUUAAGUAAGUGGCAAGGCCUUGUCAACUCCAUAAAAAAGCUUUUACUUUAAGGUUGAAACCUGCAUGAAAUUUCUCCCGUGAAAAUUAGCGUUGUUGCUAAUCUAAACAUGCCCUUUUCAUUAUCUUUCCAGUGAAAUGAAGAACUUGAAAAUAUAGCUUGAAGUUUUUAUUUUUCAUUUGGUCACGUGAGCAACUAACGUCAAAGGCCUGCGGAUUAUAGAAUGUUUGCGCUUCUUGUGACGGUAUUCUUAGGUCCAGUUCAAACGUCGAUCUUUUCAUGUGCCGAACUUAAUACCAAUUUUGGUCGACCCAAAUGAUACAAGUUUGACGGUUUAUUGAGACGUCGAACUCAAUUAGUCGGACCCAAUUCAUUUUCACGAUGUUCAAUGGUCUACAAUGCUUACCAGUCAAAGUAAAUUUUAGUAAUUUAUGCAUUAGAUUCAGCAACAUGAGAAGUUCGACGUUUGAAACGAAUUCGCCUCUUAGUCGAAAUUCCCAUGUCGGCCACUCGAUCUUAAUUCAUAGGUUGACCCAAAUUAGACAUGUCGAUCUCUUCAAGUACUUUAUUGAAGAGGUUAGGUUCGGUACAUGAAAAGGUUGUUGUCGUUUGAACUGGGCCUUAACGCCAUUCCUAAGCAUUCUCGCAAUGUUUGUUUGCAGGGUCAAACAGUCAAAACAUUCCCACAGCAUUUACCGCGGUUAUUCGAACAAGCGCCGCAUGUAAGAGCAAAAUCGAAGCUUGACUUUUGGCUACUAAGAUUUUUUGCUUUUGUUUGUUUCCUUAGUUGUUAGAUGCUUGUUUAGCACCAGACACGAGUGGAGAUGGUUCAGGUUGUGAUAACAUGACGUCUAUUGUGGUAUUGUUUAAUUCUGACUCCAAAGCGACAGAAAACAACAAGAAACGCAAACUGGAAGAUGAAAAACCGGACAGCGAAUCCGCAGACAAGCGGAUCAAAGGAGACGAAUCCUAAUAUUGUUAUUCUAUGAUUAUUAUACGCACCUGUACAGAGACGUUUUAAUAUUAUUUAGACCACACUCAUCUCAGGCCAUCCUUCUGGUCCCCUCUUACUCAUUCCUGUUUACAGUCGUAUCGGGGCAAACCUACCCCCAUAGAUUCCAGUAAUGAAGUGAUUAUUGAUCAUUCAAUCCGAUAGUCGUUGUAGAUAUCAGAAUUGUUUCCGCAUUCCUGCAUGGGCAAUGAGGAACGAAUUUUAGACUUGCAGCUUCUCAACAUUCGAUCUGAUGGAAAAAUCUUGAGUUUUUCCUGAUUGAGGAUCAUAGUUUUGAAUAGAUAAAAUUCAGAGUAACAAAUUCAAGGAAACGGACAAUUCUUUCACUACUUCGCUUGUGAAUUCACUGCUCAUGAAGCAUACAGGAUGCAGAGAUGAAUCUAUAGGGAUAGUCUUGACCUGGCUUGAAUAUAAGCUGAUUCCAGCUGUUAUGUUUAAGGAAGAUGAGUGUAUGUCCCCGCAGUUAAAGUGUGAGCUAAUUGUGAAUUUAUGUUCGCUUCUCAACAAGCAAACCCAGCACAAACCUUCCCCUUACGUUUAU